AUGAUCAAAGAUGGCAGCGGGUACAGGCUGGGAGGGGAGUCGUUCCGCCCUAAAUCUGGAGACAGUCAGUGGGCCCCGCAGGUUCCCCCCCCACCGCCCCACAGCAAGGCUUCGGUCAAAUUCUGGGAAUUUCCCAACCCGUCGGCAGGGCUGCGGCAGAUUUUCCCGGACGCGAGCGUGCCGUGCCCGCCGCGGCCGCUGGGUGGCGCGGCGCCGGGCACCGAGCGUGGGAAGCGCGGGCGCGCGGGCGGGCUGAGCUCACACUCCCGGGAAGCGGCCGCGGCGGAGCCGGGGUCCGCAGCGGCUGCGCAUCGCCCGCCUCCCGCCGGGCGCUCGGGGGCUGCGAGGUGGGCUGAGCGGUCCCCCGGGAGGGAGGAGGCCGGCCGGAGAGGAACUGCAAAUGACAGAGCAGAGGGACGGCUGGCCCAGCCAAUCCUGGAGCUGCUGCAGCACUUAUUCCCCAAACAAACACGUUCUGGUGCAAGGACAGAGAGGAGGGGGCUGCUGGCUCACGCGCCCCCCCGCCCCCGGGGACCACAGCCCCCUUGCUGCUCCUGUGUGGGAAGGACAGCCCGGCACCUUGGGCCACACGGACGGAGGCUGCCCUGGGCCAGGGUGAGUGAUGAUGGUGCUGCAGCCCCUCCCUGCUGCCCAGCGUGGGAAGAAGAAUGCAGAGCCAGGUGCCACGUCAGGCUGUUCCACGGACCUUCUUUCAUUUACUGCUUUCCACAACCCUCCGAGGAGAGUCCCGUGACUGGUGCUGUCGAGCCACCGAUUUUCUGUGGUUCCGCGACCCCGAGUGCUGACUGAUGUGACAGGUUCCGGUCUUGUCAGUGAAUCAUCGCCAAGCUGCUUACUGGAACCCAGAUGCAGCAAGAAAAUGGGAUUUAACCCCUUCCCAGCCUCUCAGGAGCCCGGAAACCAGCAUCCCGGGUAGCAGGAAGACCUGAUCUGGGCUCUGCUUCCGGCACCCCUCCCCCGCGCCGGCUGGAGCUUGCGUCAGUCAUGUAAGUAGCCGUGACUCAGCACCCAGCCUGGUCGGGAGGGAGGCAGAAGACGCCUCCCAGGAACCUUCCCAGCAUUCUGGAUUGGAACACAUGGUGGUAGCUGAACACACUGAACGAGCUGGCGGCCUUCGGUUCCUGGGGGUGCGUGUCUGUCCGUUCCGCGGGUUUGCUUAUAGGUCUCAUAAACCGGGGUUCCUCUCCUUCCCGUUUUCAUCCCGUGUUAUUUUUUGGACACCAUGCCUGGCAUAGGAUUUUUAGGACUUUAAAAGGCACAGACGGCAUCGUUUCUAGAGCGCAGCAGAAGCUCUCUUUGCAGUUUCCAGACUGCCCUUUAAACCGAUGGCCCAUGAAUCAUCUUUAACCCUCAGAUGUUUUUGUUUGACUUACAGAGUUUUCGUUGUUUUUGUUUGUUUGUUUGUUUAACGUGUCCGAUUCAGACAUGCUUUUAGACAAAACACAGCCUCUCCAGGUCACUGGACUUCUGCUGCACGAGGUCUCUGCCUCUCUGUCCUCUUUCCCACCCCAGCCCUCAAGCAUUUGAAUGCACGGAGACUGGUCUGCAUGAGCCCUCCCUCGUUUUGGAAAAACUGGGGCCCAUUCCAGGGAGGUGCGGGUCCCCCGUUCUCAAGUCUGGGCCGCGCAGGAAUUAAAGCCCCUGUGUUCUGAUUCACUGUGUGGUGACCUUUCCUCCACCCUCGGUCGCUGCCCGGGCAGAGGAGUGUCUAGGCAUGAGGGGGUGGAAAACCCUCCAAAUAGAACGUCUGCACAGAAAUGGACGGAGGCUGCACUGUGCUUCCCAGACCUUCUCCCUGCGUGGUGGCGUACCCAGCUCUCUGGCUGGGCGGUUUCCCUUCCCCGACAGCGCACCAGACUUCCCACUGGCCCGUGUGCGUGGGACUGUUGGGCCAGGCUGGGACGAUCACACCGUCUGCCUUUGACAGCAGAGCCCUAGCAGGCUGGGGCCUCCAGCCCCUGUUAGACCACCUGGCCCCGUCCAACAAGGGAACAGAAACACCAGCUAGCUUCAGGUAAGUGCAUCCUUGCUCGAUGGACUUUUGCCAGAAAAGCCUGGUUCCCCUGGGAGGACUGAGACCCGAGCAGACUCCUGUUCAGUGGGGUUGGGAGGGCAGAAGGUGUUGGUACUAGGAUUACUUACCCCCACCCCAUCCCCGCACGCCCCGCCUUUUCUUGUCUUACGGUGUUUCUGUUCAUGUGUUGUGAAUGAUUUCUCUCUUCCUCCAGAGAACUGAGUGUUGUAGACCUCGGUCUGGGGGCCCAGACCCUGGUUCGUGGCCCUCAGUUCCCUCAGUGACGGUUGCCACUCCCCCUCUGAACUCAGGGCCGAUGCUUCCUGGGUAGCGGGAGAGACUGUAAUGAAUCCCCCUGAUGACCACGUGACGUACGUGCGUCCUGAAGGACAAGAACUAGGUGCUGUGAGAGGGCGUAACCCAACACCUGGCUCACCUGGGGAAAGCUUCAGGCGACCUGCGUCACCUGGGAGAGGGUUGAUGGGGUGGUAGCCCUGGGAGAGUGGACGACAGAGAAUGUUCCAGAAAGAGGGAACGGUGUACGCAGAGGCCUGCUGGGGAGGAAGGAGGCUGUCUGGAUCACUGAAAGACACCUGUGUGGCAAUACCUUGGGAAAGGUUUUGUGGAUACUGGCAGUCGGGGGUUACUAAGGAGGAAGAGUUCGGCUGGAGUAAAAAGCAAAAAAGCUGAGAAGUAGCAAAGGUAGAUCUCCAACCCCCUCGUUUUAUAGGACCCCACAGAAAUGACUCUCAUUUACCACUUACUUCCUGACCUUAAAACCCUGGAAGUUAACCUGUGUCGCGGGGCCCAGCUGUUGACUGCAGGUGCCCUGUGUCAGAGCCGCUGCCCAGCUCCUCCCUCAGUGGCUGGGGCCUCGCAGAGCCCCUGGGCUCGGAGCCCAGUGCUGGGGUCAGAAUCCAGAGUCCAGCACAGCCAUUGCUGGUGGUUCAUCUCCAACGCCUCCCCCAACCGCAGCUACGCCCUAGGAGAGCACAGAGGCUCCAGAGGGGCAGGAGGAGUGGGCGAGCCAGCUGGGGGCACCGGGCCCCUCACGGGACCAGCUGGGCUCCCAUCUCCACCAGGUUAAACGUGUUGUGCAGUCAGUCACAUCCACGGCCACGCAGAAACCUUGCCUCGGACUCCCCCCACCCCACCCUUGCUCACAAUUGAGUUCAAGAACAGAAUGAGAUGAUAGACCAGCCGUGGAGCAGGUGCAGUGGACAGAGGGGCAGGAACACAGACUCUGGAGUUAGACUUGGGGGCUCUCUACCACGUAGUAGUCACGUGACCGUGGCGAGUCACCGAACUACAUGAAGGAGCAGUUUCUCCUGCAGGCGCGGGAAUACUACUUGCUUCACAAGACCGACCCAAUUACAAAGCACACCUCAGUGUUCAAAUUUUAUUUCCUUCUCCUGCCUGCAGCGGCACAUGCUGUUAUUUCCGGGAGCCACAAGAAAUACAGGCCUGGAUCUGGAAGCCUUCAGAGCUGGUAGACAGCCCGAAAGAUCCAGAUUCUACUCUGUCUCCUCUUUCCUUAGUUGUGGCAUCCCAGGAGAUACAGACCUGUUUUCUCAGCUUCCGAUGACCAAAACAAAAGCAAGCAAACAAACAAACAAAAAACCCGACACAUUUAGGAGAUGGGAAAUCUUAUUUGAACACAGGAUGCAAAUCUUAUUUUCAGACACAUUUUUGAAAACAGCACAAAACUCGGUCCUUGUGUUAGAGGAUUAUCUACUUAACACCGCUUCAGGACACGACAUUUUUGUGUGCGUGUCACAGCAGAGGUUAAACAAAGAUUGCUAAUGUUCUGACCCUUACUUGAGGCUGGGAAGGUGGACCCCAGGCUCUUCCUGAAUAGGGCGCAUCAGGAGUUGCCCCCGAGCAGGUGAAACUCACCUGGCUCGAACCUCCUAGGCAGAUAGGACGCUUGUUUCCUGAUGACGUGACAUAGUGUCAGAAGACACUGCGUACUGUGAAAUGUUUUCGAGAGCAGGGGGCGAUGCUAAUGAAAACGGUAACGCAUUCUCAUAAUAGCUCUGGGAUACUUCCCUCCAUCACAUGUGUAAUAAACUGUUAGAACUGGUUGUCCAGAGUCAACUAGACUCCAUGAGUUUUGUAUUGCCACCGUCUGUGCGACGCGUCAGCCGCGACUUUCACAUUCCUCGAGCAUCCCUGGCUAGGUCCGCUCUGUGCCUGUCUCACGGACCGGACCGCGAUGUCCCGCCCCAAGUGGAACUGCAAGAAGACAGGGCAGCACCUGGGUCUUCCGGUUGUGUCUUCCUUCUUUCUUCAAUGAGAUCCUCUUCUUCUGGAAGCUGGUUUCACAUGGUGGCUUAGAUUUUUCCAUCUUUGUAUCUAGCACCAUUUGAAAUCAGUGUUUUAGGAGUAAGAAUUGCGGCGCAGCCAAGGGCCACCUGCAGAGGAGCUCUCGCUGGUGGGACAGAGCCCCUCCUUCUGCCGCCUGAGCCGGUCCAAGAGAGGAAGAACUUGAAAAGGAAAAGUGCGCCGCAGCGUAUGUCCGUUGCGGGUUGUGGAGGGGCGGCCGUGCGGGGAGGGUGUUUGUGUUUCAAAGAAACUCCGAGCUGGAGCAGGGGCCGAGGUGAUGCCUGGUUGUAGCACCCUGGGAGCACCACCGGGCGCUCACCUGUCGGUAGGGCCUCUGACCGCGGGGACCAGGCGAUGCCGGCUCCUCCGGUACUCGAUUGUAGCGGGGGAGGGGCGAGGCUGUGUGCCUGGAGGACGGUUCCAUCCCCAUCGGCGUUGCACCCGCUCCUAGAGGCCCCGGAACACCCAGCUGCACUUGCAGUGCGGCUGGAAUCAGACUUGCCACCUGCACAGUCAAGUGCCGGACCCCCGGGAGCACCACUGGACCCAUCUCUUACACAGGCUGACCGAUUUCUCCUGGUGUUCAGAGUCUGUUUUUGUCUAGCACCAUUUGAAAUCGGUUAUGAUGUAGGGGGAAAAGCAGCAGCCUCGAAACCUCAUGCCAAGUCUGGUGAGCAACAGCCUCUGUUCUCCUGGAAGACGUGGUCUCCCGGAAGACGGAUGGGCAGAAGGUGGGGAAGGACGAUCGCGCUUUUUUCACUAACUUCUUUCACUGCAUUAAUGAUACCUUAUUGCGGAGGUAAGAGAGAAUUGAAUGCAGUUUUAAAAACAAAUCGCUGUAACCUAUCUGAUGUCCUGGGGUGCAGUUUGCUAAAAUGUGGCAAUGCUGUGUAUUCUGUAAAUGGCUGCUGUUGAAUUCUCUUUCUGUUAAGAGUCUAUUCAUGCAUCUUGACCUGAAUAAAUAUUUUACUCUCUUCAAUCAA